AUGAGAAACCAGUCAGCAGAAGUAGUGUUCGUUUUGCUUGGAUUGACAAAUGACCCUCGGCUACAAGUUCUGAUUUUCCUAUUUAUGUUUUUUAAUUAUACCUUGAGCUUAAUGGGGAACAUAGUCAUCAUCAUCCUCACCCUGCUGGAUUUCCGCUUGAAAACGCCAAUGUAUUUCUUUCUUCGAAAUUUCUCCUUCUUAGAACUUGCUUUCACAUCUGCCUGCAUCCCACAAUUCUUGGUGAGCAUUCUCACUGGAGACAGAAACAUUUCCUACAAUUCCUGUAUAGCCCAGUUAUUCUUCUUUUUUCUAUUAUUAAUCACAGAGUUUUACCUCCUGGCAGCCAUGUCCUAUGACCGCUAUGUGGCCAUCUGCAGACCUCUGCAUUACCCAGUCAUCAUGAACAGCAAAGUGUGCCACCUGCUUGUUCUCAGCUCCUGAGUAACUGGGUUCUCAUCCAUUUCCCCCCCUGUGAUGUUGGGACUCCAGUUGGAUUUCUGUGCUUCCAAAAUGAUAGAUCACUUCCUAUGUGACGCUUCUCCUGUUCUGCAGCUGUCUUGCACAGACACACGUUUCAUUGAAUUGAUGGCGUUUGUCAUAGCAGUGAUGACCCUUAUCAUCACCUUGAUCUUCGUGCUCCUCUCCUACACACUCAUCAUCAAAACCAUUCUCAAAUUCCCUUCAGCUCAGCAGCGACGAAAGGCCUUUUCCACAUGCUCCUCACACAUGGCUGUUGUCUCUAUCACUUAUGGGAGUUGUAUCUUCAUGUAUAUGAAAACAUCGGCAAAGGAAAGAGUAACUUUAAAUAAGAGUGUAGCGGUUCUCAACACAUCUGUGGCCCCGUUGCUAAACCCUUUCAUUUACACACUAAGGAACCAGCAGGUGAAAGAAGCUUUCACACAUAUGUUCCAGAAAUUAUUUUAUAAAAAUGUUGAUGCAAGACUUAGAUUUAAAUAA